AUGGCUUUGCCCUGCUGCAGGUUCAAGAAUCCCAGGUCCAAGAAUCCCAAGACACUGGCUUUCCUGCUAGUGGGUGUGACUUUCGUGGCGCUGCAUCAGUGGCUCCUUCAGGAGUCCACGCAGGAGAAAGCUGAGGUUCCCGCCGCUGCUCCCUGGUCCUCCGCAGCUGCGGUGCAGCGUUUCCCACACCUCCCAGCGCCUCGGUGCGUGGCCAACGCCUCUGCGAACCUCACCGCCGGCUUCCAGCAGCUGCCGGCUCGGAUCCAAGACUUCCUACGCUACCGUCACUGCCGCCGCUUCCCCCAGCUCUGGGACGCGCCCCACAAGUGCGCGGGCCGCCGCGGCGUCUUCCUGCUGUUGGCCGUGAAGUCGUCGCCCGCGCACUACGAGCGUCGCGAACUGAUCCGGCGCACGUGGGGCCAGGAGCGCAGCUACGGCGAGCGGCAGGUGCGUCGCCUCUUCCUACUGGGGACCUCCCCGCCCGAAGAGGCGGAGCGGGAGCCUCAGCUGGCGAAUCUGCUGGACCUGGAGGCGCGGGAGCACGGCGACAUGCUGCAGUGGGACUUUAAGGACACCUUCCUCAACCUCUCGCUUAAGCACCUGCACCUGCUGGAUUGGACAGCGGAGCGCUGCCCCGGCGCCAGCUUCCUGCUCAGCUGCGACGACGACGUCUUUGUGCACACGGCCAACGUGCUGCACUUCCUGGAGACACAGUCGCCGGAGCGCCACCUCUUUGCCGGGCAGCUCAUGGACGGUUCUGUGCCCAUCCGCGACAGCUGGAGCAAGUAUUUCGUGCCCCCGCAGCUCUUCCCGGGCAAGGCCUACCCGGUGUACUGCAGUGGCGGCGGCUUCCUUCUGUCCAGCCGCACAGCCCGCGACCUGCGCAGCGCGGCGCGCUAUGUCCCGCUUUUCCCCAUCGACGACGCCUACAUGGGCAUGUGUCUGCAGCAGGCCGGCCUGGCGCCCAGCGGCCAUGAGGGCAUCCGGCCCUUCGGCGUGCGGAUGCCCGGUGCGCAGCGCUCAUCCUUCGACCCCUGCGUGUACCGCAAGCUGCUGCUGGUGCACCGCUUCGCGCCCUACGAGAUGCUGCUCAUGUGGAAGGCGCUGCACAACCCGGAACUGCACUGUAGCGGCAUUCACGAUGAACGGUCUCCCAAGACCAGAAAGCCCGGGAGCUGAGAGUGCGUCUUCUGAUCUGAACCCCGAUGCACACUCAUGUACCUUGAGGGCAGAUUUGGAAAGCAUUAUAUCUAGUACAAGUUCUGGGCCUCAACUUCAGGGGUUCUUGGUCAGGGGUGUCUUCAGACGUAUAGGUGUAUUUUUCUUAUUUGAAACCGACUCCAAGACCUCUGGUCUGGGAAUAUCUGUUUAUCCUCACACACCAGCCUUCCGGGGCACCUGUCUUCCAUCCUCCGUUCAUGGUGGGCAGUAAGAGAAGCAUGGCUACCAGGUCAAUGUCAGCUGUUAAGUGCAGCGCAAUUAUGAAUCGCCAUUUCCACCAUUUCCUCUACCAAGGAGUGGAGCUCCCGGAAGCCAGUUUACACUCGGAACUAAGGGGCGUCUGGCAGUCUUUCUUCCACCAAGCUCCAGCACUCUCCUGAGGUCAAAGUGCAAGUGAAGCUCAUUUAGGGCAGCAGCGGGAGGCACCAUGGCAGCCACCUUUCUGCAGCCCUGACUGAACUCCUGGCAGUUAAGGCCUUGCUUCCCCGGUGCUUUAGGAAAUUCGUGGCUGAGUGGACGGUGGCCAUCUGCCCCAGUGGUGUGGAGUAUAUCCGUGAGAACAUUGUAUUCGUUUCCUGUUGCUGCUGUAACAAAUUAGCGAAUUCUCAGCAACUUUCGAAGCCUAGGGACAAGUCCACUACCCUGUAGUUCUCUGACAACGCCGUCUCUCUCAUUAGGCUAAAGUCGUGUGUUGGUAAAACUGUCUUCCUUCCUGGGUAGCCUAGGGGAGAACACACACCCAGUUUCCCCCCAGCUUCCAAACCAGCGAUGCUACAUUUCUCUACAGCCAAAUUUCUCCCUGACUAUUCUUUCUCCUCCAUCCACUGUUCUCCUUCCCUGGAGCUAAAACCCCGGGUUUUCCUGGCUUAGCUUGUCAUCUGUUUGUUUGUUAAGACAAAGUUUCAUGUAGCCCAGGCUGCCCUGACACUUGCUAUGCAGUGAAGCAUGAUCUGGAAUUCCAGAGCUUCUUGCCUUCGCCUCCCAAAGGGUGGAUUGCGGGUCUGUCUCCACACCACAGUAAUAUCUUCAUGUUGUAAAGCCAGCUUACCCGCAAUAUCAUAGUUCUUCUUGUCAUUCACUGUAACCUAAUUUAGUCACAGGUUUCAGAGAUUAGGGUGUGGACAUCCUUGGAGGACCAUUGGUGUUGUCUACCAUAAUGCCAG